AUGUUAUUACGCAGCUGCUCAAGGGUGGCCGGUUUUACUAGGAAGUCAAUUUUCUCUGUGGUUGCAGUUCCAGCAUUAGCUAUUGGUAUAUACAGGGUUUCAAAGUUUCAGUAUUCUACAAUGUCAUCACCAAAUUUGUUUAUUGCACCUCAAUCAGCUCCCAGUUGGGCUUUCACGCCUCAAUCGUUGUUAGAUGAAACUCAUAGAUUGAUUGAAAGUUCUAAGCAGUUUUACGAUUCAUUGGCACAGUUGUCUAAUCCAACAGUGGAAAAUUUAGUCAAACCAUACAUGCAUCAUGAAAAUGGAGUUGGUUUAAUUGAGAGUCAAUUGACUUUCCCUCAACAAGUUUCUGCAGAUAAAGAAAUUAGAGAUGCUUCCGUUCAGGCAACGGAAUUUUUACAGAACUUUGGCAUUGAACAAUCCUUGAGACAUGAUUUAUUCCUACAAUUUGAUAAAAUUUGGAACGAACUAAAGGACAAGUCGUUCGAACAAGGUUCUCAAGAAUAUGAAAUUUACAAAUAUGUGGAAAAGAUUCAUAGAGAUUACACUAGAGAUGGAUUACAAUUACCUGAGGAUAAAAGAGAUAAAGUUAAGCAAUUGAAGAUAAAGAUUGCCGCUAAUAGUUUGGAGUUCUCUAAAAAUCUCGGUGAACAAAAGGAAUUUGUAGCUUUCACCAAGGAGGAAUUGGAUGGUGUUUCUGAGUCAGUUAUGGAUCAAUUUGAACAGUUCAAAGAUGAAAAUGGUACUACCAAGUACAAAGUUACCUUUAAAUAUCCUGACAUUUUCCCCGUUUUGAAGACUGCAAAGAAUCCAAAAACUAGAAAAUUGGCAUUUGCAAGGGAUCAAGAUAAAGUUCCUCAGAACGAAAAAUUGUUUGUGGAGACUUUACAACUGAGGAACGAAUUAGCAGACAUUCUUGGAUAUUCAACUUAUGCUAAUUACAAUUUAGAAUUAAAGAUGGCCAAGAACCAAGACAACGUUUGGAAAUUUUUGAACGAAUUGAAAGAUAAAUUGAAACCACUAGGAUUGAAAGAAGCAGAAAAUUUGAAACAAAUAAAACAAAAGGAGUGUGAAUCCCUUGGGUUACCGUAUGAUGGUCACUACUACGUAUGGGAUCACCGUUACUACGAUAAUAAAUACUUGAAAGAUAAUUACAAUGUGGAUUUGGAAAAAAUCUCUGAAUACUACCCCAUAGAAUCAACUAUCAGUGGUAUGCUAUCCAUCUAUGAAACCUUACUAAAACUAAAAUUUGUCGAAGAAACUGACCCCGAGAAGAGAAGUGUUUGGCAUGAAGAUGUUAAACAAUUGGCAGUUUGGAAAAUGGAUAAUCCUUCCAAACCAGAAUUCGUUGGUUGGAUUUAUUUCGAUUUGCAUCCAAGAGAUGGUAAAUACGGCCAUGCGGCUAACUUUGGUAUUUCUGCCUCCUAUGUGAAAGAGGAUGGAACUAGAUCUUAUCCUGUAACGGCUCUAGUGUGCAAUUUUUCAAAACCAAGUGCCAAAAAACCUUCACUUUUAAAGCAUAACGAAAUAUCCACUUUUUUCCACGAACUGGGUCAUGGUAUUCACGAUUUAGUUGGUGAAAAUCGUUUAACUACAUUUAAUGGUCCUGGUGCGGUUCCUUGGGAUUUUGUUGAAGCACCAUCCCAAAUGCUGGAAUUUUGGACUUGGAAUGAAAGGGAAUUACACGAAUUGUCAUCACAUUACGAAAGCGGUGAGAAAAUCCCCAAAGAUCUCCUACAAUCGUUGAUUUCCACAAAGCACGUCGACGGUGCACUUUUUGCUUUAAGACAAUUACACUUUGGUCUGUUUGACAUGUAUGUUCAUACUAGUAAAAAUGUCGCCAAAUUAGAUUUGUUAAAACUAUGGAAUGAACUCAGAGAAGAAGUUUCAUUAGUGGAAAAUGGUGACACUUUUACAAAGGGUUACGAUUCAUUUGGUCAUAUCAUGAGUGACUCCUAUUCUGCGGGUUACUACGGUUACAUGUGGGCCGAAGUUUUUGCCGCCGAUAUGUACCAUACUCGCUUUGCCGCGGACCCGCUAGAUAGCAAGGCAGGUGUGCAAUACAGAGAUAUUGUCCUUGGACGUGGUGGUCUUUAUGAAACCAAUGAUAACCUGAGAGAAUUCUUGGGAAGGGAACCAUCCGAAGAAGCCUUCCUCAAAGAAUUAGGGUUGAACUGA